AUGGAAGCCUCUUUGAGCUUAAGAAGCUCCUCUUUUCUCCCUCUAACUCCGACGUCCUUUUCUCUUCAUUUCCCAGCUACACUCAGAUUAACGCGAUUAAAGCGUUCGAACUUAGCAGAUAAGCAUCAAAAUCAAAGUGUACUGAUUAUAAAGGCUUGUGGGUCGGAUGAAAAUGAGUCAGUUAAUGGGUUUCCAGUUUUACCAAAUAAAAUUUUCAUGGAAGAGGCAAUUGGAGCUGAAUAUGGGGAAGGUUUUGAAACAUUUAGACCAGAUGGCCCCCUUAAAGUUGAUGUGGACUUUUUAAAUGACAGAUUGCAAGAACGUUUUCUUCAAAGAAUUCGGUAUGCCAUGAAGCCUGAUGAAGCUUAUGGGCUUAUAUUCUCAUGGGAUAAUGUUGUGGCAGACACUGGAUCAUUGAAAUUGAAUGCAUGGAGACAACUUGCAUCUGAGGAAGGAAAGGAGAUUCCUCGAGAUAACAAUGUGCAGAGACUUUUGCUUUAUGCAGGGGCUGAUCAUGUUCUGCAUAAGGUUUUGCGCUGGGGGAAGGCACAAAAUGAUCUAGACAGACUGAAGUUGAGGUUAACUCGGUUAUAUUACGACAACCUUGUCCAACUCUCUGAACCAGUAGAAGGGCUAAAAGAAUGGUUGGAUGCUUUAGCUUCAUCGAACAUCCCUUGUGCUGUUGUUUCAAGUGUUGACCGCAGAAACAUGGUUGAGGCUUUGGAGCGAAUGGGGCUCAAGAAGUAUUUUCAGGCAAUUGUGUCUGAAGAAGAUGGUAUGGAGUCCAUAGCCCAUAGAUUCCUUUCUGCAGCUGUAAAGUUGGACCGAAAACCGUCCAAGUGUGUUGUGUUUGAGGAUGACCCCAGGGGAAUAACUGCUGCUCAUAAUUGUACAAUGAUGGCUGUAGCAUUAAUUGGUGCUCAUCCAGCAUACGAUCUUGGGCAGGCUGAUCUCGCAGUUGCAAGCUUUAAUGAGCUUUCUGUAAUCAAUUUGCGGAGAUUAUUUGCUCACAAAGGUUCAAGUUUCAUGGAAUUGGAAAAGCAGAUAAUAGAGUCAACUCCUUUGCGAAGAAAGCUCACUGUUGACACCAUAUUCUGA